UCGAUACCAAGUUCAAAACCUCCGGUGAUGUCCUCCGCGGCGGCGCUGUCACCACGGCCGCCGCCGCCGAAUCCUAGCGCCGCCGACCGCGACGGCUCUGUCAAUUCCCUCCUCGCCUCCCUCUCCGACCCGUCCGCCAUCCGCCUCCUCCCCGCCCCGCUCCUUGCCUUCUCCCGCCUCCGCCUCCUCCUGCCGCCCGCCGCCGCCGCUACCCACCUCCUCCUCCGCCCCAUCGCCUCCCUCCUCCACCUCCACCGCCCCGACCUCCGCCUCGGCAUCCAGCUCCACGCGCUCUCCCUCUCCCUCUGCCUCUCCCGCCACCCGCUCCUCCUGCCCAGCCUCGUCUCCUUCUACUCCUACCACCCCUCCCUCCUCCCGGCCGCCUCCUCCCUCGCCGCCGGUUCCACGUGCCCCCAUCCCUACAAUGUCCUCAUCUCCACCUGCCUCAGCCACAGACUCCCGUGCUACGCGCUCGCCGCGUACCAGGAGAUGGUGGGCAAGGACGCCGUGGCCCCGGACGCCUUCACGUACCCCUCCGUGCUCCGCGCCUGCGCCGAGGCCGGGGACCUCGCGCUCGGCCGGGCGGUGCACGUGCGUGCUGCGGACGCCGGCAUGGACGGGCACCUGUUUUUCCAGAACGCGCUGGUGUCCAUGUACGCUAAGUGCGGGGACCUUGUCGCCGCGCGCAGGGUGUUCGACGGAAUGGGACACAGGGAUGUGGUAUCGUGGAACUCGAUGAUCUCUGGCUAUGCUGCAUCUGGGCUGUGGAGAGAGGCGGUGGAGCUGUUUAACCGGAUGCGGGCUGAAGGUGCAGAGGUGAACUCGGUGACAUGGAACACGAUUGCCGGCGGUUACAUUCAGAUGCGUGAUUAUAAGGCGGCAAUUGGGUUGAUCCGUGAUAUGGUAAGAGGUGGUGCUGGGGUCGACUUUGUGACUCUGGUGAUUGGAUCGAGUGCUUGCUCACGGGCAGGAUGGUUGAGGCUUGGUAAGGAGAUACAUGGGUUGGCAGUACGCAUGCACUGCGACGGAAUCGAGAGCGUGAGCAAUGCGGUGAUCACGAUGUAUGCCAGGUGCAAGGAUAUGGAGCGUGCUCUCAUGCUGUUCAAAAUGCUGAGGUGCCCAGGCCUGGUGACUUGGAAUACAAUGAUAGCUGGUUUUGCUUUGUCGGAUGAUGCAGAAGAGGCUUCUAAGCUUUUCCGUGAAAUGGUAUGCAGUGAUGUGGAGCCUAACUAUGUUACUGUUGUCACCUACCUUGCACUCUGUGCUCGUGUUGCUAAUCUGCAACAUGGGCGGGAGCUUCACACGCACAUCGUUAAGCAUGGGUUCAAAGGGUAUCGCUUGUUGUGGAACUCUCUUAUAGAUAUGUACUCCAAGUCAGGGAGGCUCUCGGUGGCACAAAAUGUCUUUGAUACCAUGGAUGACCGUGAUAUGAUAUCUUACACUUCAAUGAUCGCAGGAUAUGGAAUGCAAGGAAAAGGGACAGUUUCCCUCCGUCUUUUCAACCAGAUGAUUGACAGUGGGAUCGUGCCAGAUGCCAUCAUCAUGGUUACUGUACUCUCUGCUUGUAGCCACUCUGGGCUUGUGGAUGAAGGAGAAGAGCUUUUUGGCAAGAUGGUCAAUUCAUUUGGUAUAAAGCCCCAGAUGGAGCACUAUUCUUGCAUGGUUGAUCUAUAUGCACGUGCCGGAUUAUUGGAAAAGGCAGAGGAAUUGCUUAAUCAGACUCCCUUCCCUCCAACAUCCACAAUGUGGGCAGCAUUAGUGGGAGCUUGCCAUGAGCGAGGUAACAUAAUAAUUGGUGAAAGAUCAGCAAGGAGGCUCUUGGAGAUGAAGACAGAGAAUGCUGGGCACUAUGUUCUGAUUGCCAACAUGUAUGCAGCUGCAAGUUGCUGGAAUGAGCUAGCGACAGUCAGAAAACUGAUGAGAGACCUGGGUGUUACAAAAGCACCUGGGCUAGCAUGGGCCGAUCUUGGUAAUGGGUUUACCCCCUUUCUUGUUGGGGAUAGGUCCAACCCGCUAGCUCCAGAAAUCUACGAGGUUUUGGAUGAACUAACUGAACAAAUGAGGAAUUUGGAUGAUUGCAGUGAUCUGGACAUAUUAUCCACAGAGGAACUCAUGGAGUAAACUGGUUAUUGCAGGACAAGAAGGAAAGGUUCCUGCUUUGGUGUGAAAUGGAGUUCAUUAAUAAACUCUAGAAUGAGAUUUCACCAUAAAGCAUGGGGAUUAAGGGGAAGCAAAAAAGAUGUCCUUAAGAAGAAGCUCAUGCAAGUGCUACUGCGCUAGAAGGUGGACUGCUCAACGUACACGCAAACACCAAGCAACACAGAUUUUUAACCAUCACAUUUAUUGCCGUGAUUGACCUUGCGUUUCAAACCAUCACACCUAUUCCCUUGAUUGGCAAAUGCAAAGCAGUCAAAGUUCCUUCAUGAGAGUGUUACUUUAUUAGCAAGUGAUGGUUGUACAUAUCACUCACACCACACGUAUAAUGCACCAAUGAAGUUACAGCCUAAUUGCCUCCCUUUGAUUACCUGUAAACCAUGGUUACCCUUUUCUGGCAACCAUCAUAAACACCAAGCUUCCCUUGAUCAGAGCUUGCUAGUUUGCUUCCAACCUGGGUGGCUGGAGCCUGGCUUACAUAACUAUCCCCUGGAAUCGGAGGUGGCGAUUCUGGAGUGUGUCAGUCGAAGGCAUCAAAUCAUCAAAUGCUCUAGAAGCCUGAACCUUUCAGUAUUUACAUGUGAUGCAUUUCAAUACAGGGAAGUGGGCAGAGGGGUUGGCAUUACGGUGACACGUGGGAUUACCUAGAAGCCA